AAAGGCCCAAAAACCAAAAGGGGCUUGGCGAGCCCGAACGGACUUGGGCGGUGCCUUCCGAGAAAUGUUUCGACACCGGUAGUCAUUACCCAAAACCGAUACCCCAAUGAGAGAAACUGCCAAUCCUACGUGCGUAUAUAUAUACACAUAAUAACGGAUCAGAUAUGUGACUCUCGCGGGUAACGUUGUGGGUGCGUAAAGCAAUAUGGUCGCACCUUCUCGAUCACACACCAUCUCUUCCACUGCUAGACCGAACUAUCCCACCCAUGGCGUGAGUCGAGUAAUGCGCUCCUCCACCUCUUCCGGCCUGUCCUCCACCGCCGCCACCAUGGAUUCCUACCCCUACAACACCUACUACUAUUAUUCCUCCACAUCCUUCUACUACGACGGCCCAAAUGACCACACCACCCGUCCGAUUUCCAACACCGCAAUCUCCUUCCCUAUCGACUCCCCCGAUGGAACCCCGACGCCCAUCCCCGUCCGCCUUCCCGCCUCCGUCACUGCGGCCGCCGCCAUCAGGAUCCAGUCCGCCUACCGGGGCCACCUGGUCCAAACCCUCGUGGGGCAGAUCAGAGCCGUCGACGCCGAAGCCGCCCGGAUGGAGCAGCGAAUCCGUCGGCAGGAGACGGUGGACGCCGUCAGGAGGGACGAGCGGGAGCGGCUCCGGGUGAGCGAGGGCCUAAUGGCCCUGCUGCUCCGGCUCGACUCCGUGCCGGGUGUCUACCCGGCGGUGCGGGAGCUGAGGAGGGCCGUCGCCCGCCGGAUCGUCGCGCUCCAGGAGGUCCUCGAUGCCGUCGUGGCUGCGGCGCCCGUCACUGCCGCCGAGGGGAUUCCCGCGAGCUGGGACGAGAUCCUGCAGGUAAUCUGGGUAGCGGAGGAUGACGAGGUAGAGGUGGGUCUUCCCGAGACAGGAUUCAACUACUUGGAGAAGUUUCUGUUCGAGGUGUAAUUUAUGCAUCUUACUUCCUCUAUAUAUAUAUGUAUAUAUAUAUGUAUAUAUGUAUAUGUAUAUGGCGGGGUGUGUGUGCGUGUGUAAUCGAAUGUAUAAUUAUAGACUAUGGUUAAUAAAGGAAUUCAUGAAUGGUUAAUAAUAAGAUGUAUAUUUACAUCUUAUUUUCAAGUUGUAAAUAACUGGUACAACAAAUAAACAAGAAUUGGUGUCACAGGUA